AGCAACCGAAGAAGAAGUUUUGCGAGCGUAAAUAUGGUUGCGACAGUGAUCAAGCCAAGUCCGGGUCAGAAGAGAAGCUCCUGGGUUUUAUAUCCAAUGUUUCAUUUUAUAAACAUCCGUGAAUUAACAUUUUUGUUUUUUGCCGCUUGUGUUCUGACGAGCCAGUCGCUGGCAAACGACCAGGAAUUUAUGGAGGACUUUCUGAAGCGGGAAUAUUCCCUGUCAAAGCCUUACCGCGGUUUGGGCUUCUCUAGUUCCUCACAGUGGGAUCUGAUGGGCACUGCCAUGGUUACACCUGACCAUGUGAGACUGACCCCAGACCUGCAGAGCAGGCAGGGGGCAGUUUGGAGUCGAAUUCCUUUGGUCUUGAGGGAUUGGGAGCUCAAGGUGCACUUUAAAAUCCACGGCCUGGGAAAGAAGAAUUUGAACGGGGACGGACUGGCCGUCUGGUUAACCAGAGAUCGCAUGCAGAAUGGUCCUGUGUUCGGCAACAUGAACCAGUUCAUUGGACUUGGAGUAUUUGUGGACACUUAUCCCAAUGCUGACAAGAGGCAUGAUAGGGCUUUCCCCUAUAUAUCAGUGAUGCUGGGGAAUGGGACUUUGUCAUAUGACCAUGAUCAGGACGGGCGGCUCACUGAACUUGGGGGUUGCACGGCUAUGGUGCGCAACGCAAUCUACAACACGUUCCUCCUCCUCAGAUACUCCAAAUACAGACUCACGGUCUCUUCUGUACAAGCCUUCCACAGCUGGAUUAAAGUGGCCCACAAGAUGUUGAAUUUUUUUCAUCAUGGUAAACUCAUGGUGGACGUAGAUGGGAAGCAGGAAUGGAAACACUGUGCUGACAUCACAGGACUACGGCUACCUACUGGUUACUUCUUUGGUGCCUCCUCUGCCACUGGAGACCUAUCAGACAACCAUGACAUCAUCUCCAUGAAGCUGUACCAGCUGACAGUAGAAAGGAGUCUGGAGGAGGAGAAGGAGGUAGAGGAGGAGGAGGAAGUCACUGUACCACGAGUCGUCGACAUGGAACAGUUCCAAGUGGUUGUCCAGGAGGAAGGGAUGAGCGGAGUCCAGUUCUUCUUCACCCUCCUCUUCUCCAUCCUGGGCCUGGGGGUGCUGGCAGUGGUAGGACUGAUGGUUUACGGACGCUGGACGGAAAAGAGACGAAAGCGCUUCUAUUGAUAUAUAGGUUUUCAGUAUCUGAAUCAACAUACAUUACAAUAAUGCCCCUGACUGCCGUAGUUAAACUGAAACCACACAAUCAAAUUAACCGUGUCAACAACCUCACAGGUCUGAAGCCCUGAGACAACACAAAAGAACACAAAACAGCUGAAAUGAACAGGUGAAGAGAUCGUGAAUAGGUGAGCCAGCUGUGGAAUAUUAUUUUUUUUUAAUUAUUUGUUAUGGAGGAUGGAUGAGAAAGCUGCUAUAGAAUAUUUUUUUUGUGUUAAAAAACGUUCAUCUCAUCUUAAAGCACAGUGGGUGUGCAGCAUCCAAUCGCACUAACUUACACACUGUAGAAAUUUUAGAGAAUCAAUAACAAAAUCAGAUGCUGUAUAUAGUUUACUGACACCAUGUCACAGUUUUCUGUGGUACCAAAGUGUAGUUACCUCUUACUGCCACUUGGUGCUGCCAGUGUGCAGCUUUAAUCUGACUAGCUGCUGUGAAGAGCAGUGCCAGUGGAUCACUGCAGACUUGUGGCUGCACUGAAGAAGUCGAGUCUUGUCGAGUUCCUCCAUGCUAUCGAGAGCACCUUUAUAAAAGGCCAGGCGAUGCACGUUCAUAAGCUCAUGUAACAAGUGGAUUUAUGUUAUCUUACCAAUGAUACAUCACACUCUGUGUACAGUACAUGCAGUUACCAGUGCUGUUUGAAGUGCCGAGCUAGAUCCAAUAAAGAUGAGGUCUUACUUAAUGUUCCAGCCCUUUCUGUAUGCUUGACUUCCUCUUUUAUUGCCUCUCAGAUAAUUGGUCUUAAAUGACUUUCUCAGUUGUGAUAAAAAAAAAAAGUGUUAUUUUGUCUAAGAAAUACUUGUCAUUGACAUUCAUUUGUUAUUCAUCACAUUGCUUUGACAUUUGAAUCUGGUAUGCACUGUGAAUUUAAAAGCCAUAUGCAGGAUCAUGAUUAUGAAUACUGUUAACUGUUUAGAUGUGUAAUCUGCGGUAUAUCUGUUCAAAUGAUGCAAUAUACGUACAAGCUGGUGCCUUAUAGCCGGUGUCAAGUGGAUGCAGCUCUGUCACACUGUGCUUCCUUUACCACUGCUUUAGAGUCAGUGGGCUGUCUCUCCAGCUGGUGGGUCAGUCAGUCAGUGAGCUUGCAUGCUGUUAAGUGAGCAGGUUACAGUGAAGUGAUAUCUUAACUGUCGUGUAAAUUACCAUCUUUUUGUCUGUAAUCAGAGAGGAGCAUUAGGUAAACCUGGUUUCCUAGGUUUCCAGCGAAUGCCGAUUUUCUCAGUCAUGUGAGCUGAUUUUCUCAGUCAUGUGAGCUGAUUUUCAUUUGCAUGACAAAGGCUGCGGACAGGCAACAUAAAAAUGGAGCAGCCAUGUAAGAGGACAAAUCAAUACCGAGCAAAAUGUUCACCUAUUUAUGAAUCCACCCAAAGUCCAACUGAACUGAAACUAAUACAUAGUCUCUCUAGACGUCUAAAUAAGUCAAUUCCACUAAUGAACGUUUUACUUUUUGUAUAAUAGAAACACUUCAGUUAAUGUGGAGAAUGUCUGGUCUGUCUGCUUGUUCCAAUGCCAAGAUGCACAUUAAAAAAAUGAAAUCCAUCAUUACUGCAUUACCAUCUCUAAGCCAAAAUGAAAUGCAUCACUUUUAUGAUGCGUGUCACUUUGUAAGUUUGUCUUUACGUAGAUACAGUAAAACAGUUUUUUUCUAAAGCACAAUAAGGAAUGCUACAGUUUUCUCCUCUCCCUGGUUAUAUAUAUUGUAGAUAGGACAGGGUGCGACCAAUAGUCAUUACAACAAAAUGCAGCCAAAAUAUCAUAAAUAUGUGUCAUAAAUAAGCUGCAAACGUCUUUUCAACAUGUCUGAUUCAAUAUGCUGCACGUGUGGACACGUGAGGUGGGGUGGCCACAGCCACUGGGCACAAGGGAUUGUUUUUCCAAACAGUUCUUUUUCACAGCAGCCAUUUGGACUUGUAGCAGGAAAAACACAGGUGUUACUGAUGACAGUGGGACAGUGGGACAGUGAGGCAGUGUGCACAGUCCCCGGGCCCUGAAAUUGAAGCAGCUUAAGGGAAUUCAGCCGUCAUUCAUUUAAUUAUUUAACACCUUAGAUUUCCUACCGUCACAUCAGUUUCGCCCAUGAAAAUGGGCCUGUGUGAACUCAGAGCCUGUCGUCACCUCAGGCCUCCAGACUCAGUUGGAGAUGACGUGUGGUCUACUGAGUUCUACUAAGAUCCUUUCUUUUUAUUUCCACAAGCCCAGAUUUUUCUUUUUCCCUGGUGAGCUGUAGACUUUAAGGCUGACACUGACUCAAACAACAUCACCUGAGGAAAUUUUUGAGACUCCACUCAGCCAUAUAGUCUGUCAUGUUGCACAAUGAACUGAAUGACUUUGUUGACAUUUUUAUAGUGAGUAUAUUGUGAGUCUUGGUUGAGUCAUGAGCUGAAAUGUAUCAACGCUUCUCCGUCAGUGCUUUUUGUGACAUUUUGCAUUCAUCUAAAUAAAAUGAUCAUGUUCACAGGAGAAAAAUAAAAUCCAGAAGAGGAAAGUGCAAAAGUACUGUCAGGUUGAAUCUGUGUGUUUAUCUUCGGAGUUAACACAAUACAACAAUCAGGGUAAAACUGAGCACCAGCACUCAGGGAGUUCAUUAGUUUAUUUGUUACCUACUGACAUGAAAAGACAAAGUGACACACAGAUAGGGAGCUCUACAGCAGCAUAGCACAGUAUAGCACUGCGCUGCGUGAGCUUUUAAGUAAAGCAACUAACAUUCAUCUCUUUGUUACAAUGAAAUGUCUUUAAAAGUGUUAACACACAGGGAGAUUUUCAUGUCGUUUGGUUGUGUUAAAAGGAGAAAGGAGGUGGUCCAAAGCUCUGGCUGAAUCCAACAGGUUAAAACACACACACAAACACACACACACAAAAAGGUCUCAUAGGUCUGGCUGAAUGUUGAAUAAUGCAGACAAUCCUGGGAAAGAAACAAAGGCACUCAAUCUUCAGGUGAAAGGAUGACAUGAUUAAUUUAUUCUUCGAUUAAAAUGAUGAAUUUAUUAUCCAGGGACCCUGAUGAAGACUUAGAGUGGAUACGUGCUGGUCUGUUAGUCAGCCUGUGUGCUCAGAGAAUAAAUUAAGUGCCUUAAUCUGUUUCCCCCAUUGACUGUAUGCUUUAUUCAACACUCUGGGGUCUUAUUAGUAGUGUGUAUGUGCAUACGUCAUUUUGGUUCCUGUAGCAGUUCAUGCCGAGUACAACUCUUAUCAACUGCUUCUUGAGGUUUUGUAGACAGGGUCUGAUGUUUACUGUUAUUUCUCUUUUCCUCUAAUUGUCUGUGUAGGUUUUUUCUAACUCUACAGAAUGUCAAGCUGGUUGUCCUAAUAUAUGAAUUCCUGAGCCACCAUUGGGGCAAACAGCCCUGGAGUUAAUUAUUUAAAUAAUGAUGUUCUGCAAAUUCAAAACCUUUUGUCUGAAAUGAAUAAAAACAUGUAAGUUGA